CAGGACCCCCGGGACCCCCUGGAGCCCCGGGUCACCCAUGAGGCUGGAGGCCGCGGCAAGGAUGGAUCUGUUCAGGAAACUAUGGAGGGCGAGGAAACUGAUCGUUGUGGUGUUCAUUCCGCUGUCCCUGCUUCCCCUGCCGCUCAUCCACCCCACCAGCGAGGCAUGUUGUGCAUACGUGUUGAUGGUGACGGCCGUCUACUGGGUGUCAGAAGCUGUUCCCCUGGGUGCUGCUGCUCUGGUCCCUGCCUUUCUUUACCCACUCUUUGGAGUGCUCAAGUCAAGUGAGGUGGCAGCAGAGUACUGUAAAGACACCACUCUGCUGCUGAUGGGAGUCAUCUGUCUGGCAGCGUCCAUAGAGAAGUGGAACCUGCACAAGCGCAUCGCUCUGCGCAUGGUGAUGAUCGCUGGUGCAAAGCCUGGCAUGUUGGUGCUGGGCUUCAUGUGCUGCACGGUGUUUCUGUCCAUGUGGCUCAGCAACACGUCCACCACCGCCAUGGUGAUGCCCAUCGCUGAGGCCGUCCUGCAGCAGCUGAUCUGCACCGGUCUGGCCGACAGCCACGACGACUCGGUGGACGGCCUUGAGGAUGACAGCGCUGUUUCAAGCAGAGAGGAAAACCUGGAGAAGAACCAGUUAGAAUGGUACUACCGUAACGAAUUGAACGACAGUACGAAGGGGGAGCGCCGCACACUGAGCGAGGGAGUGUCUGGGGAGGCCAACGGCUUGGGCCUGCAGCCGGUUCUGAACAAGACAUUUGUCAGACCCACCAACGGACACCUGCCACAGGUUGCCAUUGAGAUCCCAAACGUGAAGCGAGUGCGGGCCAGGAGAGACUCCCAGUAUCCCACCAAGAGGGAUCACCUGAUCUGCAAGUGCCUGUCGCUCAGCAUCACCUACGCUGCAACCAUCGGGGGGCUCAUCACCAUCACGGGAACGUCCACCAACCUCAUCUUCGCCGAGCAGUUUAACAAUCGAUAUCCAGAGGCAAAGGUGAUCAACUUCGGCACGUGGUUCAUCUUCAGCUUCCCCAUCGCCAUCAUCAUGCUGGUCCUCACCUGGCUGUGGCUGCACUUCCUCUUCCUCGGCUGCAACUUCAGAGAAACAUGCUCGCUGAGUAAGAAACGCAAAACCAGACGGGAGAUGAUGUCAGAGAGGAGGAUUCAGGAGGAGUAUGCAAAACUGGGUCCCAUCAGCUACCCUGAGGUGGUGACGGGUGUUUUCUUCAUCCUGAUGACCGUGUUGUGGUUCACCAGAGAGCCCGGUUUCGUGCCCGGCUGGACGUCCCUCUUUGAAAAGAAGGGCUACAGGACGGAUGCAACAGUCUCAGUCCUCCUAGGGUUCCUGCUCUUCCUCAUCCCUGCCAGACGACCCUUCUCCUCUUCCUCCUCCAGCUGCAGAAACUCGGCCUCAGACAAUGACGCGGAGGCCGAUCCACUUGCUCCCAUGAUCACUUGGAAGGAUUUUCAGAGACUGAUGCCUUGGGAGAUCGUCAUCUUGGUAGGGGGAGGUUACGCACUGGCCGCCGGCUGCAAGGUGUCGGGCCUGUCGGUGUGGAUCGGCAGACAGCUGGAGCCCAUGAGCGGCCUCCCCCCCUGGGCCGUCACCCUGCUGGCCUGCCUGCUGGUGUCGGCGGUCACCGAGUUCGCCUCCAACCCGGCAACUCUCACCGUGUUCCUGCCCAUCCUGUCAGCACUGUCGGAGACUCUGCUCAUCAACCCUCUCCACACUCUCAUCCCGUCCACCAUGUGCGUGUCAUUUGGGGUCAUGCUUCCAGUGGGGAACCCCCCCAACGCCAUCGUCUUCAGUUAUGGCCACGUGCAGAUCAGUGACAUGGUGAAAGCAGGUUUCGGGGUGAACCUGAUCGGCGUGGCGGUGGUGAUGUUGGCCAUCAGCACGUGGGGAGUCCCCCUCUUCAACCUGACGGAGUUCCCUGCCUGGGCCGUGGCCAGGAACGUCACGGGAGGCUUAUAACCGCCGCUGGGAGGGCAAGAUGACGGGACGCAUCGCUGAAAGACAAAACAGAGGAGAAAGACUUUCUGUGAAGAUGAUGAUGAUGAUGGCUGUUGUGUCAACAGGACGCUCUUCCUCCGGAUGAGACUAAUCAAACCUGGAAUGGAGGAGGAGGUGGAAGAACCAGACCUGUUACAGAUGUUUGAUCUUACAGUUAUACCGGCCACGUCACUGUGUCACGUGCACGGAGAGACAAACACUUUGUCUAAGUGGCCACUAGGGGGCAAGACCCAAACUUCUAGGAAAGGUUUCUCUUCACCUCUGUCAGUGAAUCAUUAAAAACAACAAAACAAGAACUAACAUUUGGUUUUUAAUUUUUUUAAAUAGAAAACAUGUUUUUAGAAAGCUUCUUCAGAACCAUAUCGUGCUGUUAGUUGAUGUUUUAAUAGAAAUGAGUUUUGUGGACAAUCUUUUUUUCUUUUCUUUUCUUUUCUUUUCUUUGUGGCAUUCUCUCUUCAGUUUUUCCUUCACUUAAAAGCGUUACUUCUCCAGUAGGUCACAUCCAUGCCGUGCACCCUGACCGGCUCUGUCCCCAGACACGGCCGACAGAUGCAACCCUCUCCCAGCUUUGAAUGUUUGGAUUACUGCGCUAUGUUAUGUGAUUACCGUGAGGAACUUCUUCACAUCGUGCAGAUGUUGUGCAUGACAUACUUUAGCCGGCGUGUCCAAGCACACUUCUACCAGCCAAGAAUCAGUUGGAGAGAAACUUUAGCUGCUUUUUUAAAACAAGAUAAAUGCAUCAAAAGAGCUGUCAACUACAGCUGCGAUGUCAUGUUUAGAUGCAUUUCAACCAGCGUCUUUUGUGUUCUCUGUCACCCAGAUUCUUAAUCAAUAACAAGUUUUUAACAGACAGAUUAAAUAGCACGUAUAUCCUUAGCAACUACUGUUAUCAGAAAUAUAGGCGAGCAAUGUUUUUACCAAAGUU